GGUUAAUCCGUACCCGUACCGAGCUCCAUUUCAUGUGAGUAGUCUCCAGACAUCACGAGGAACUUUUUCGACAGAAUAGGAAACGGAGCGACGUCACUGUAUAUGGUCCAGCGAAUCGGGGGUUGGCGGGACACAAUGAAGUAAAUCGCCAUAAGAUUGGAAUGCAGCUCGGCCACAGCAGCCGACGUCGGGUGCGACAGCCUUGCGCUUCUUUCAGUCGACAGCAAGAGAAUUACGAAUGCACAAGCAAAGCCGGUCUGUGUCGAUGAGCCAACAACAUGGCAUUUAACAGCGCGGGAGAAGCACUGGACUACGUUUCGAGCCACCCAGAGAUCGCCGAGAUGGCUCGACAAAUUCCGUUCCUUGACUCCGCAACGGUGACAUCAAGAAUUUUCUCUGUGGGCAAACUCCUCAAACGAAAUGGCUUCGACAUCACGAAACCUUGUUCCGGAAAUGAUGAGGCAGGGUGCUGGUUGCUUGAGCACCUGACACUCUGCAACAGAACCUUGUACUCCGUUGAUGUACAGCUCCACGAAAGUAAGCCAGGAGAGUUGAAUUUCUCCCCCAGUAGUCCAAUUUCUCCCCCAGUAGUGUCAAGGGACGAGACCUUCUCCGAAGUUGCUGUGCUGGACUCUCUGCUCCUGAUCUGCUGGCUUGUGAAACAACACCCCUGCAUACAAGGAAUAGAUCUGAACGAGACACGCCUGUUUCUCCACUUCCCAACAGCCCUUAAACUUGCCCUUGCACACGGCUCUAACAUUAAAAGCAUCAAAGCAGGCACCCCAAAGCCAACCGCACAACACAGUGUGUUUCUUGAGGGCAUCAGGCCCGACACCAUGCUAGAGCGUUUUGAAACAUGCUGCCUCAGGCUCAAUAUGGAGUCUGCGUCGCGACUCUCUGAAGGACUCAAGAGGUCACCGCAGUUGAAAUCUAUUGUGCUAGACCACAGUGGCCUCAGCACAAAGGGGAUGAAGCUCGUGUUGAAAGCACUUCAGCAGUGCAAUCACUUGACGUCUCUGCAAAUCUAUGAUUACAGCUUGAAGAAAGCUACUGCUGUGUACCUGGCAGAAAUUGUAAAAUGCAGCAGAUACCUGAAGGAUUUCUUUCUCUAUCAAAUGCCUAACGAUGUAUGGGAAAUUAUAGCGAUUGCGCUCAGAGAGAACGUUUCAAUUGAGAAUUUGAAAAUGAAUCAAUCUAAUGACAGUGCCCGUGCCAUGCCGCACAUUUCCGAUGCCCUGAAGACGAACAGGACAAUAAGAACGCUCGAGAUUAAUCAUUGUGGUAUGGAGGAAAGUGACGUGGUUCAGUUUGCUCAGGCUCUAAAAGUGAACGUUACUCUCCAGAAGCUACAGCUUCAAGCGAUCAGGCUCAGAGAUGCAGGUGCAAGGCAUCUAGCAGAAGCUCUGGAGUCAAACCAUACGCUUCGUGAGCUUGAUAUCUCCUGUAACGACCUGACAGAAGUGACCCUGGUACAGUUUGUUAAGACCCUUACAGUGAACACUUCACUGGAAGUAGUGCGUCUUGGAAGGAUUGAUUUUGUUGGCGAAGUUGACGAAGAGAUUGCUCAGGUUAUCAGAGGCCAUGAGUGCUGCCACAGAAUCUGUACCACGUGGAACACCCUCGCGCUGAACAAGUUGGCACGUCUCAUUUCACUCAACUACGACGACUUGAAAAAGAUCCACAUUUUGUGCGUAGAGGAGACCCCUAUAUUACAGGUGAUCUCAGCACUAGAAUCAAACUGUCACAUCACGGAAGUGCACAUCGAAACAGCUGGUCGUGAGAUAGCCGGAGAGGAGAUGGUUAAAGCUCUCGCGCAACUUAUCAAAAAGACCAGGUCCCUGAAGUUUAUCCGCUGCACGUGCCUUUUUAAUGUUGAAGGUGGAGAUGAGGACGUUUUUGCUACUUUCAUCAAAGGCCUUACAAACAACAACACGAUCAACCGUGUCGAGCUCCAGUCCGCACGUUUCACUAUGGGAGUCGCCCGAGCGUUCUCGGCCAUGCUCGAAGCGAACACGACACUGUACGCUUUUGUCACACAGAGGCUUUAUUUUGGCGCAGGGGCACUCAAAGUGAUUGCGAGGCAUUUCCCCAAGAACUACACGCUCUCCACAUUCUGUGCGGUUUCGGAGGACUAUAGCUCACGAGCACCGUGCAAGAUUUUCGACGUGGUCCGAAGAAAUGAGCAACUCGUCAAUCGUGCUACGAGGUUUGCCCUGGGUACCUGCAGGGACUGUGACUGUAGAGAAGCAUUUCGGAUACUUUGGAAGUGCGAUUCUGUGGUGCAGCAAGUUAAGUGCGUCAGGCAGUGUACGGAUGAAGACGCGAGGCAGUGUGUAGAAGCUGCGAAAUUGUUGUUUUUAUAGACAGGGCUUCUGUUGUCUUACGCAGCACUUGAUGGUAUUUGCAAAACUACUCCAUGCUAUGUGGGAUCGACGUAAAACUUUUUUCUUUUUUCUUUCCUCAAUGCGGACCUGCAUUCUACUUUUUUUAAACGCAACAUAUGUAACAGACACGUAGACAAUCACCAUCACAAAUACCACGGCUUAUCCAGCUGUUAGUAAUCGUCUCUGCCAGGCAGCAUGGGAGGAGUCACAUGAAAAACAAGAGCCAAUAGAGCUGUUGCGCUAAAGUUUGAGGAGGGUGACUGGAGCGCCACUCUGACCCCUACCGUCGGAAUGCUACAACACGCGGCCGCUCACGCCUUGUAUGCAUAACUGAUAGCAACGGGUAGGGUGCGUCAAAGAGUUCGACGUUUUCUUUCUUUUUUUUUUUUUCCGAAAUCGAGCUCUGCUCUACUUGAAUCGAACUCUAUUAAAAAUUGCAAACUACUGUUGUGUCAUACGGUGCCAUAGCAGCAAGAAGGUGGCUCUUGUCCGCCCAAGAAAUGUCCCCGACUGGCAGCGUUAUUCCGGCUGCUGGCGAUAUGCAGGCGGCGGUAUUUUUUGUUGCACUCAAGGGCUAGCUAAUUCCUGAAAUAUGAAGCCCUGAAGUAAUUAUUCCUCACUACUGCCGUCGUUCACCAUUUUCAGUCAUAGACUUGCGUUGCGGCUGUGUAAUAUCCAAGUAUAAUUAAUUGCAGUAGACAAAUAUCGGCAUCCGUUCUAAUGAAAUAGAACACAAAGACUUUGACCAUAUAUACAUUUCGUUUUCUUGUAUUUGCUUUGCAUUUUUCAGCUUUUUAUAUUAAAAGUCGACUGUGCA